AUGUCGUCCGUUACACUAUCCAAAGAGCACGAACGCGCUCAUUGUCAGAAGGGUUUUCUUACAGACUCUGCAAAGAAUGAACAUGCUCAGAUGAAAGACGCUUCUGAGGCUACCCAAAAAGCGACCAUAGCCAGUGAGCCGCCUUCGUCUGCUACUUGUAGGGGAGAGAAUGAGCUGAUUCAGAUAACAAUGAUCGACUUUCUUUCAGGCAAGGUAUUGCAGAGCUGUCUUGUCAAUCCCUCAAGACCUAUCAUAGACUGGCGUGAGGAUAUCACCGGUAUCAGCACUGUCCUGCAUGACUGGGAAGCUGCUCGUGCUGAGCUUUGGCGAUUCGCUGAUAAGGAGAGAAUCCUCAUCGGACAAUCAGUCUACAGCGACUUGAAGGUAUUACACGUCUCUCACUCGAGAAUCAUCGAUUCGGCUAUUGUCACUGCCGAUGCUGUGCUGGGAAAGAAUUUGAAGAUUCGAAAGAGAUGGGGCCUGAAGACGCUCUGCGAUGAGCUCCUGGGAAUCCGGAUUCGCGAAUCCUCCAAAAAAGGGUGGCUGUGGAGUUCACGCUGCUUUGGAAGAUGCUCUUGCAACGAGAGAGGUGGCGCUGCUAUGUGCCCGAGAGCCAGACAAGCUAAAACUCUGGGCUGA